AAUUUCUUAGGGUGAUCAUAAACUAUUCUAAAAGCAUGGGGUCAUAUCAUGAAUAGUACUGAUUAUAAAUCCUUAAAGUGCAAAAAUAGUCAAGGAAGAAAGUACUUUUACAAAAGGGUAAUUCCGGGUAAAUGCAAUUGAUCGGCGACGCAUUCUCCUCUCACAGUCUCUCUCAGUCACUGGCUCUCAAAUUCAUACUACUUGGCAAGCUUGCUCGAUUUCCCUCGUACAGCCAAAUUGUGCUAUGGGAAUCAAAAUUAACAGUCGCAGAAGCCAGUAAUAAUGGAGUCGUUGCUUCGAGCUGAUCAAACCCUAAUUCCGGGAGCGAUGUGUAGCCGCAGAGUUUGGACACACUCAGAACUGGCUCUUCCCUCAGUGAGCGUAACUGAAUUGGAUCUGGUGAGAGGUCUAUUACAAGCUUUGCAAGGUCUGUCUAGUCCCUUCCUUUUCUGGGACCAAACUGGACAAACUUUCCGCGCCAAAAGUCAUAUACGCGUCUCUCAUUUGUCUCACUCAAGCCUUCAUGUUCUUCUCGCUGGGUUCCUGUAUCCCGCUACAUGUUUGAAACUCGUUGAGUCUAUCGUUGCUGCCAUUAAUACCUCUCUUAGGUCUCCUCCUACCUUAAUGGCAUUCUCUGACUCUGUCUCCGCAUGGCUUGAGAGACUCAGAGAUAUUGCUUUGAAAGAGGAAGUGAUGAUCGACAAUUCUGAUAUUACUGUUACUCCAACCCUCUUGGGAUUAACCAGUUCUUUAUCUAGUCUUUGUUCAGGUGCUGAAUAUCUCUUACAAGUUGUACAUGGUGCCAUCCCUCAUACGUUUUUUGAUUCAAACUCUACGAUUUCCGCUGCUGAGAUUGCUGUCCAUGUUCUUGAUUAUCUUUACAAGAAGCUUGAUGAAGUAUGCCUUGUACAAGGUGGUGAGGUGGAAGGAUUUCACAUGCUGUUGCAAAUGUUUGCUGGAAGUUUAUUGCCAUAUAUAGAGGGUUUGGAUUCAUGGUUGUUUGAGGGAACUCUUGAUGAUCCUUGUGAAGAGUUGUUUUUUACAGCCAACCAAUCGGUCUCCGUUGACGAUGCAGAGUUUUGGGAGAAAAGCUAUCAGUUGAUGAAGGUGCCCAACUCAAAAUCAAAUGUAACUUCACUAAACGAAAAGAAAGUAAUGAGUGGACAUGACGCCAACUCAUCUUUAGCUUCUGACAAAGACAAAGAGCAAAAUACUCGGGUGUUAUGUCCCUUAUUCAUUAAAGACAUCUGUAAGUCUAUUGUUUCUGCUGGAAAGUCACUGCAGCUAAUGCAGCAUAUUCCUUCCACGUCUUCAGAAAAUUCUGGAAAGACUCAGUUCCAUGGGCGAAAUGGUUAUGGGAAAUCUAGCGUUGGUAGUCUCCUGACUAAAAUGAGCAGCUGUAGUAGCACUGCGGACUUAUCCUUGUCUGAAGUCUUUUGUUUGACACUCGCCGGCCUUAUAGGCCAUGGUGAUCAUGUCUCUAGAUAUCUGUGGAAAGAUGAGGCGGAUGAGUGGGAGAUUUCUCCAACUUUAGCAUCAUAUAUAAGUGGAGAGCUUGUGAAUGACAUGGAUAAUAAAGAUCUUCCAGUUCUCACAUGCUCAGAGCGAAUGUGGUAUAAGUUGUUGGUCGGUGCUGUGCAAGAGAAAAGAGCUAUGGAGGCCAAAUCAGAACUCCAGAGUGCAUGCUAUGCUACAGGUGUUAAGGAUGGAAAUAGUGGUCUCACUGCCCAAAAGGCGUUGCAGGGGUUAUUCUGUAAUGAAAACCUUGUUGUUUCAGUAUCUAAAAUGGAUCUUGAGAGGAAUAGAAAUGCUUGGAAUGUCUUGAACUUGUCGCAAAACUAUUGUCUACCCUCUCUUAAUGAUGAGAGUCUGUUGAGUGCUGUUUUUGAAGAAUCUGGCAUGGCAGAUGCUGGACUGAGUGGAACAAACUACAAAUUUGGAUUCCAAUUUGGUAGAUCUGAAUAUAUUUCUUCUCAGGAUGACACAAACCUUCUAGAAACAUUAUUUCCCUUUCCCACUUUGCUUCCGUCAUUCCAGCCGAAGCUCCAUCUGUCAGAAUUCUUACCUUUCCAAAAGAAUAGUACACUUCCUUCAAGAGUUCUCAGCUGGUUGCUAAAGGCAGAGCCAAUGGAUACUCGACUUCCCGUUGUAAUUAUGCAGGAAUGCUUCACAAUUUACAUAAGGAGGCAGGUGGACUACAUUGGCAAAGUGAUUUUGUCAAAACUAAUGAAUGACUGGAAAUUGAUGCACGAACUUGCUGUAUUGCGCGCCAUUUACUUGCUAGGUUCAGGGGACCUGCUGCAGCAUUUUCUGACUGUCAUUUUCGAUAGGCUGGGCAAGGGAGAGUCAUCAAAUGAUGAUUUUGAGUUGAACAUAAUACUUCAGGAAUCAAUUAGAAAUUCAGCUGAUGCCAUGCUGUUAAGCAGUCCUGAUUCAUUGGUGGUAUCUAUUUCCAGAGAAGACAGAGACAAAGAUGAUAAGGGUGACAUAAUACCCCUUUCUUCAACUCGUAAAAGCCGCGUUAACAGCUUUGGAAUAGAUUGUCUCGAGUCUCUCAAAUUCACAUACAAGGUGCCAUGGCCACUUGAGCUUAUUGCCAAUAGUGAGGCCAUUAAGAAGUAUAACCAGGUGAUGGGAUUUUUGUUGAAGGUCAAGCGAGCAAAAUAUGUGCUUGAUAAAGCACGAAGGUGGAUGUGGAAGGUCUUUGAUAUCUCUCAAACUCAUUUCUUUCUUCUUAGACUGUAUCCCGUGACUUCCAAAUCCAGUUUGAAAGAGCCUAAUCAGUCUUUUGAUCUAUACAUAUAAAUAUAAAGGGAAUCAUAAGAAUGUGGUUCAGUUUGAUAAACUUGAUGACUUUGGUGUUUGUGUAUGAUAGGGUAAAGGCUCUGCAACAAAAAUCCGCAAGCACCACUGGUUACUAGAACAAAAGCUCCUCAACUUUGUGGAUGCUUUUCAUCAAUACGUAAUGGACAGGGUAUUGUCCAAUGCUAAAUGAUUGGUUAUAAUUACAGUAUCAUUUUUCGUUGGAGUAAUAUAAGUUUGUGCUAGAGUUGUGGCAAAAUCGAAAGCUGAUCACAUGGCUUGAGUAAGAUGAAAAGCUUGCCAUGCUUAACUGUAUUUUGUAAGCAGGUAUAUCACACUGCGUGGCGUGAACUGUGUGAAGCGAUGGUAAAAGCAGGGUCUCUGGAUGAGGUCAUAUAUGUACAUGAAACCUACUUGUUAUCGAUUCAGCGGCAAUGCUUUGUGGUUCAAGAAAAGCUGUGGGCAAUCAUCGCAAGUCGGAUCAACAUGAUUCUCGGUUUAGCUCUAGAAUUCUACUCAAUACAACAGACACUGAGCAGCGGUGGAGCAGUUUCAGCCAUCAAGGCUAGAUGCGAAAUGGAAAUAGACCGUAUAGAGAAACAAUUUGAGGACUGUAUUGCUUUCCUUCUCAGAGUAUUAUCUUCGAAGCUGAAUGUGGGACACUUCCCUCAUUUGGCUGAUUUGGUGACCAGAAUCAAUUACAAUUAUCACUACAUGUCAGAUACUGGAAGCUUGAUGACUACUUCUGGAGCAGAGACCAACUCAUCCAGACCUUGGACUGCCAAAUCUGAUGUAUGAAUGGACCGGGAAAUUAUCGCAAUGUUGGAUUGUCGCAACACUAUCACACGUAAUUGUUCAAGCCUCAUGCUUUUCUUGUGUCUGGUAUCUAAUUUCCUGAUUAUGUAUUUUCUGUUUAUAAAAGUUCACUGUUUUGAAUUAGACAUUGUACAAAACUGCUAUCAAGGUUUAAAAAAAAAAAAACAUUGUUAACAUUCUUAACAAGAAAUCAUCAAAGUUUAAAAUCUAAU